AUGGGUCAGCACGAUGCCGUUCUCACUGGAGAUACGACUACCAUCGACCUUAGCACAGCCGAGAACUGGGCGACCAAAACGAUAUUGUUGCAAGGCGUGGAAGGGGCAUUUAGCGACCUGUCCGAACAUGACUUGGCCUACUCAUCUGGCAUUGGUGGUUGUUCCACUACCCGACAGCUCAUCGCCGACUUGCUCAAUCGCCACUUCAAGCCCUUCACUCCAGUUGAAAACUCUCACAUUGUCUUGGCAGCUGGAGGCAGUUUCGCCUUGACCGCGCUAGUGGAGCAAAUCUGUGAUCCUGGGGACGGGAUUUUGAUUGCCGCGCCAUACUGGGCCGGUCUGGAUAUUUCCAUCAGCGUUCACUGUCAUGCCACAGUUGUGCCCGUCCAUGUACCCCUGAAUGAUUUCUUCGGCACUGACAGCAUUCGACAUUAUCGAUCGGCGAUUGAAAAUUCUACAAUACCUAUCAAAGCCAUCCUAGUCUGCAACCCCCACAAUCCGUUAGGGCAGUGCUACCCUAAGGAGACUUUGCAGGCUAUGCUCGAGUUUUGCAAGUGUCAUGAGUUGCACUAUAUUUCGGACGAAGUGUAUGCUCUUUCCGCCCAUCGGCCCUUUGCGAUUGAUUUUCAUCCAUUUGUGUCGGCACUUCAACUGGGCGAUGACGGAGUGAGGGAUCAGAUUCAUAUUAUUUACAGCCUUAGCAAGGACUUUGGCUGCAACGGAAUCCGCGUUGGUGCCCUGAUCACUCAAUUCAACGAUGCCGUGCGCCUUAGUAGCGCUCUGAGUGUUCACAGUCAAGUCUCCUCACUGUCGACUGUCUUGGCAUCGAAAUUGAUACUGAAACCUGCCACCAUCGAGGAAACUGCAAAGCAUGGGGGUAAAGAACUGAUGGAAGCCUAUACGUCUAUUCAAUCUUUCCUAGAGAAGGGUGGGAUGGAGUACAUAUCAGUAGCCUAUGAGGCUACUGAGAUGUUUGAAGUCUAG